CUGCGGCGAAGGAGGCUCAUUUAUUAUAAAUGCACAUUCGGGGCUGACAUCAGCGCCGACGAGCGGUCCCUGCGCGCUGCCCGCUCGGCCCAGCCGCCGGCGGGGCGCAGGGAGCGCACCGGACCCUUCCCGCCGCCGCCCGCACCGCCACCGCCACCGCCACCGCCAACCGCGCCCCCGCACCGCCGCCCGCUUCCUGCAUGACUGUCACAAAGAUGUCCUGGCGUCCGCAGUACCGCAGCUCCAAGUUCCGGAACGUCUACGGGAAGGUGGCCAACCGCGAGCACUGCUUCGACGGCAUCCCCAUCACCAAGAACGUGCACGAUAACCACUUCUGCGCCGUCAACGCCCGCUUCCUGGCCAUCGUCACCGAGAGCGCGGGCGGCGGCUCCUUCCUCGUCAUCCCCCUGGAGCAGACCGGCAGGAUUGAGCCCAACUACCCCAAGGUCUGUGGCCAUCAAGGCAACGUGCUGGACAUCAAAUGGAACCCCUUCAUCGACACCGUCAUCGCCUCGUGCUCCGAGGACACGUCGGUGCGGAUCUGGGAGAUCCCCGAGGGCGGGCUGAAGCGGAACAUGACAGAAGCCCUGCUGGAGCUGCAUGGGCACAGCCGGCGCGUGGGGCUGGUCGAGUGGCACCCCACCACCAACAACAUCCUGUUCAGUGCCGGCUACGACUACAAGGUCCUCAUCUGGAACCUGGAUGUGGGCGAGCCGGUGAAGAUGAUCGACUGCCACACGGAUGUGAUCCUGUGCCUGUCCUUCAACACAGACGGCAGCCUGCUCACCACCACGUGCAAGGACAAGAAGCUGCGCGUGAUUGAGCCCCGCUCCGGCCGGGUCCUGCAGGAGGCAAGCUGCAAAAACCACAGAGUGAACCGGGUGGUGUUCCUGGGGAACAUGAAGCGGCUCCUCACGACGGGGGUCUCCAGGUGGAACACAAGACAGAUCGCCCUCUGGGACCAGGAGGACCUGUCCAUGCCCCUGAUCGAGGAGGAGAUCGAUGGCCUCUCUGGCCUCCUGUUCCCCUUCUACGACGCCGACACCCACAUGCUCUACCUGGCUGGAAAGGGGGACGGAAACAUCCGGUACUACGAGAUCAGUACGGAGAAGCCCUACCUGAGUUACCUCAUGGAGUUCCGAUCCCCGGCUCCACAGAAAGGCCUGGGGGUCAUGCCCAAACACGGCCUGGACGUGUCGGCCUGCGAGGUGUUUCGCUUCUACAAGCUGGUGACGCUCAAGGGUCUCAUCGAGCCCAUCUCCAUGAUUGUGCCGCGGAGGUCGGAUUCCUACCAGGAAGACAUCUACCCCAUGACGCCAGGCACGGAGCCAGCUCUGACCCCGGAUGAGUGGCUGGGGGGCAUCAACCGAGAUCCUGUGCUGAUGUCUUUGAAAGAAGGCUACAAGAAGUCAUCGAAACUGGUAUUUAAGGCUCCCGUCAGAGAAAAGAAGAGUGUCGUAGUCAACGGCAUAGAUUUGCUAGAAAACGUCCCGCCCCGGACGGAGAACGAGGCUUUAAUUGAGACAGGUGACCGGGCAUCACUUCCUGCUGGUACACUUCAUAGUGGUGCAGAGUUCUGUGAGUUUGCACCACGCACACGCAAGCAACACGCGGAAUGUGCACCAACCUGUUGCGGUUCGAGCCAUGUCUGCCUCAUCACCUGGAUCAAGAUUUUUCUAAACUCCUCCGCAUGUUCUUCCGGCAGCAAGACGAGAUCCGGCGGCUGAAAGAGGAGCUCACCCAGAAAGACAUCCGCAUUCGGCAGCUGCAGCUGGAGCUGAAGAACUUGCGCAACAGCCCCAAGAACUGCUAGCUCCCGCGGGGGCUGCCGGCCGAGCUGACCCCUUACCGUCCCCUUCUCCACCGCCCCCAGAGACAGAGCCAGGACUGGAGCCGGCCGUGAACCGGAAGCAGACCUUUGAACUUCUGACCCCGCCUCUCCUGGACGCCCCUAGCGGGCAGCCCCUUUCGUUGCCACAGCCCCCGCCCCCGGCGCCCCCUGGGACCAGGCCUCCCCUCUGCGGGGUGAGGACCGCAGACUCUCUAUGGACAGAGGAGGAGGCGGGGCCACAGCUAGACUUAGAACUUGAACUUGGCCCUCCCGCAGGGGAGGGGACUGCAGGCCCCCUGAGCCCUCCAGCGUCGCUCUGUCUCUCCCCGCCCCCGGUCCCCUUGUCUUCAGGGAAUCCAGAGGAUGCUCUCCAAGGCCAUAAUGACCCCUUGCCUUCCCGUGAUUCUGCUCAGAGCUCUUGCACACCCUUUUCCCACUUAACUGGUGAGCCAGGCAGGGCAGGCUCACGUGACAAGUGACAGAACUGAGGGUCCCAGAGGGGAAGCGACUUACUGAGUCACCCAGCAGGUCAGGCCCAGGCCCCUGGCUGUCCGGUCCCCACUUCCCAGGGCCUUGCCAACCCUACCAUGGGCUUCCCCAGAAAGGACUGGAAGCCACACCUCCCGUCUGCCCAACACCGGCCGUGCCAACAUGCCACACUGCCCGUUGAGGCCCCUCACGUGUCCACACCUUCUGCUUCUGCUCGUGCCCCCGGGGGGCUCCCCCUGAGAUGAGGCCUCUUCCUCCUGGCAGCUGAGGCUGAGAAAGGUGGAGCCUGGCCCUGGGGCAGGCAGAACAGGGCUCCCCGGUGGCUUCCGGGCGUGCACAGCGUGUCCCCCACUCCGCGAUCUCAGCCACUUCCAGCCUUAGCCCCGUGGAACGACCUCGGUCACUCGCAUCCGUACAGCACUUUAACGUUUACACGGAGGAUCUCACCGAGCCCCACGUCUGCGGAAGCCCAGGGGCGCACCCCACCUUGGGACGCUGCCGCGUUGCAUGGGGUCUCUCCACGUUUCCCUUCUGUUUUGUUUUUCCUUCUUUCUCUCCGCCUUUCAUUUCCACUCCAUGCAGAGCCCAGAGUCACUGUUCUCAGAAAAGUCACAGUUUGUGGGGCGAGAUCUGAGGAUUAAGAAACGGGUGUCCACGCUUCACUCUCUGGAGCCAGGAGGUACCUGCUGCGCUGUAGCCACGCCUGCUUUGCCCUGGCCACCCUGCAGGACAGCCUGUGUGCAGAGGCCAGGUGAGCUGGGCAGGGAGGAGCCCCUCACCCCUCCAAGACCCCUGCCCCUCUCCAGCCGGCUCAGGCAGGGUCUCUGCCCCCAGCCCACAGAUGGACUGCAUUAGCUCUCAUCUCCCCACCACACACCUCCACGCUUUUUUUUUUUCUUCCCCACUGACCUCAUGGUCUUCUGUGAUUAUUUAUGCUGCCUCCUAAGGAUAGAAUUGAAAUAAAAAGUUUUCAACUUA